AUGUGGAGGGGAAACAGCCCAGGGGGUAACCCGGGAGCAGCCACAGAGGGAACCGGUGGAGACCUGGGAGGACAGGGGAACUGGGGUCUGGAAGAUGCCCCAGGCCUCCUGGUCAGGGCCUCCCUGCCCAUCAUGCCUGCGUGGCCAUCGCCCUUGGCCUCCUCAGCCCUCACCCUGCUCCUUGGAGCCCUCACUUCCCUUUUCCUCUGGUACUGUUACCGCCUGGGUUCCCAAGACAUGCAGGCUCUCGGGGCUGGGAGUCGGGCUGGGAGUGUCAGUGGGGGGCCUAGGGGAUGCUCUGAGACUGGCAGGCCAAGCCCAGGGAGCUCUGGGGAGCCUAGGGAAGGACCCAGGGCAGAAGGCCUAGUGAGCCGUCGCCUGCGGGCCUACGCCAGGCGCUACUCCUGGGCAGGCAUGGGUAGGGUGAGGCGGGCAGCUCAAGGUGGCCCAGGCCCUGGGGGAGGGCCCGGGGUCCUGGGCAUUCAGCGCCCAGGCCUGCUUUUUUUGCCAGACCUGCCCUCAGCCCCCUUCGUGCCACGGGAUGCCCAGCGGCAUGACGUGGAGCUCCUGGAGAGCAGCUUCCCUGCCAUUUUGCGGGACUUCGGGGCUGUGAGCUGGGACUUCUCAGGGACUACUCCUCUGCCUCGGGGCUGGUCCCCACCCCUGGCCCCUGGGUGCUACCAGCUCCUGCUGUACCAAGCAGGCCGGUGCCAACCCAGCAACUGCCGCCGGUGUCCGGGGGCCUAUCGGGCACUGAGGGGGCUGCGGAGCUUUAUGAGUGCCAACACCUUCGGCAAUGCUGGCUUUUCUGUCCUCCUGCCUGGGGCCCGGCUUGAGGGUCGCUGUGGGCCCACCAAUGCCCGGGUCAGAUGCCAUCUGGGCCUGAAGAUUCCUCCCGGCUGUGAGCUCGUGGUCGGGGGCGAGCCCCAGUGCUGGGCUGAGGGACACUGUCUACUGGUGGAUGACUCCUUCCUGAACACAGUGGCUCAUAAUGGCUCUCCCGAAGACGGGCCUCGGGUGGUCUUCAUCGUGGACCUUUGGCACCCCAACGUGGCCGGGGCCGAGCGCCAGGCCCUUGACUUUGUCUUCGCACCAGACCCUUGAAGGAAGGGGCUCCCUUCAGACA